AUGCUCCAUCAGCUGUGUCCACCAGCUGUCUCCACCAGCACCAGCAAUACACCAGCUGUGUGUCCACCAGCAAUGUCACAUCAGCAUGCUCCAUCAGCUGUGUCUCACCAGCUGUGUCACCACCAGCUGUUAAUGUCACCAGCUGUGUCACCACCAGCUGUGCUCCACCAGCUGUGUCUCAGCUGUAUGCUCACCAGCUAUGUCUCCAUCAGCUGUCUCCUGGCUGUGCCUCACCAACUGUGUCUCCUGGCUGUGUCACCACCAGCUGUGUCCCCACCAGCUGUGUCACCUGCUGUGUGUCUCCAUCAGCUGUGUCCCCACCAGCUGUCACCACCAGCUGUCUCCUGCCAACAUGUCCACCAGCUGUCUCCACCAGCUUGUCUCCACCAGCCUGUGUCUCCACCAGCUGUGUCUCCACCAACUGUGUCUCCACCAGCUGUGUCUCCACCAGCUGGCUCCAUCAGCUGUGUUCCACCAACUGUGUCCCCACCAACUCUGUGUUCCCACCAGCUGUGUCCCCACCAGCUGUGUCUCCACCAGCUGUGUUCCACCAGCUGUGUCUCCACCAGCUGUGCUUCCUCCACCAGCUGUGUCUCCAUCAGCUGUUCCACCAGCUGUGACGCCACACCACCUGUCUCCAUCAGCUGUGCAUCCACCAGCUGUGUCUCCACCAACUGCUCCACCAGCUGUGAUCCACCAGCUGUGUCUCCACCAGCUGUGUCUCCACCAGCUGUGUCCCCACCAGCUGUGUCUCCACCAGCUGUGUCUCCACCAGCUGUGUCUCCACUCAACUGUGUCUCCAUCAACUGUGUCCCCACAACUGUGUCUCCACCAGCUGUCUGUGUUCCAUCAGCUGUGUCCCCACCAGCUGUGUCUCCACCAGCUGUGUCUCCACCAGCUGUGUCACCACCAACUGUCUCCACCACCGUGUCUCCACCAACUGUGUCUCCACCAGCUGUGUCUCCACCAGCUGUGUCCCCACCAGCUGUGUCUCCCACCACCCUGUGUCUCCACCAGCUGUGUCCCCAUCAGCUGUGUCACCAACUGUGUCCCACCAACUGUGUCACCAACUGUGUCCACCAAUCACCAACUGUGUUCCAACUGUGUCCCACCAGCCCCACUCAACUGUGUUCCACCAACUGUGUCUCCACCAACCUGUUCCACCAACUGUGGUUCCACCAACUACCCACCAACCCAACUGUGUCUCCAACUGUGUUCCACCAACUACACCAGUUACACCAACUGUGUUCUCACCAACUGUGUUACCACCAACUUUCCACCAACUGUGUUCCACCAACUGUGCCACCACCCAACCGUACCAACCGUAGUCUCCACCAACUACCACCAACUGUGUUCCACCAACUACCAUCAACUGCCCCACCAACUGUGUUCCACCCAACUGUGUCACCAACUGUCUCCAACAACUGUGUCCCACCACCAACUGUGUUCCAACCUGGUUCCACCAACUGCACUCCAUCAACUGUGUCUCCACCAACAUGUGCCCCUCAACCAACUGGCCCCACCAACUGUCUCCAUCAACUGUGUUCCACCAACCAGUUCCACCAACUGUGUCCCACCAACUGUGUCCAACUGUGUCUCCAUCAACCAGCUCUAUGUCCUCCAACUGUGUCCCCCACCAACUGUUCCCACCAACUGUGUCCCCAUCAACUGUGUCUCCACCAACUGUCUCCACCAACUGUGUCCCACCAACUGUCUCCACCAACUGUAUCCACCAACCGUGUCUCCACCAACUGUGUCCCUACCAAGUCUCCACCAACCGUGUUCCACCAACUGUGUUCCAUCAACUGUGUCCCCACCAACUGUGUCUCCACCAACUGA